AUGGCUCACACGACAUUUCCAUCUGACCUGCCAGUUCCCAACGAUGAUGGGCUGUACAACCACCUGACAGACUUCAAGAUCCCAUCGGACAUUAACCUGCCUGUUGCUACGGAUCAUUCCAAGCAGGUCAACCUCGCCGAGCUCAAGGAGUUGACUGUUGUCUUUUGUUACCCGAGGACAGGAGCACCCAAUGAAACUGUGCCUGACUCAUGGAACUCCAUCCCUGGCGCCCGUGGAUGUACACCCCAAGCUUGCUCUUUCCGAGACAGAUUUUCUCAACUUCACGCUCUCGGUGUGUCCCAUAUCUACGGCAUCUCGACCCAAUCGCCAGACUACCAGGCAGAAGUCCACAACCGACUGCGUCUGCCAUAUGAUCUUUUGAGCGAUGAGAAUCUGCACUUCCAGCGCGGUCUGGAUCUUCCGACGUUCGAGUGGGAGGGGAAGAAGGUUCUUCGAAGGUCCAUGAUCGUACUUCAGGAUGGAAGAGUGAUCAGGUGGUGGUAUCCUGUCUUCCCGCCUGACCGCGGCGUCGACGAUCUGAUCGCCUGGUUGGAGGAGCGGUGA